GACGACACAAAAAGUAUAAAAAACCUUUUCAAUUAUAAAUACCAAACUUUAAUACGAGUUAUACCAAUCAACGACUUAUUGAAUUAACAAAGCUUUAAAAAAUUACUAUCCAGUGGAUUGCGCUAUCCGGCUUUCGUACAAUCGGCCCCUGACCAUCUAUGAUUCUGUGUUUACCAUGAUGAUCGACAACCCCGUUUCCAUGUAUGUACAAUUCCUGCAUUGCUUCUGACAAUAAUAUAUAUUAAUACAAUUUACCCACUAGACCAACGAAACAUCAUAUGCUGUUAAAGAUCUUGAACCAAAUACUGGUUAUAAAUUCCGAGUAAUCGCAAUGCAACUGAAUAAAUCGUCACCAUAUAGCAACUGGACUAAUGUUUUUAAUACAACAAGUAAGCAAGAAACUGACACUCUUUAAAGUCAGAACUAUCAAGUGGAAAAUAAAACUAAAAAAACACGGAUAGUCUAGGACCUUUAUAGAUGUUUGUAUGCGUUUCAUUUAGCACAGGUAAUCUCAACUGUUUUAAGGUAAAAUGACCAUGGCGAUCAACAUGGCAUAUGUGCCAAAAUCUGAAUCCGGGUCGAAAGUCCUGAAAAUGACCCCGCCCUGAAAGAGCAGUGCCGACAUAGCUCCAUCGUCCGAAAACAAAAAGCAAUGUCCUUUCUGAAGUGCUUAUAGUGUUCAGAAAGGUUGCUUUUAGGGGUGGUUAAUGGAAGGGAAAAUUUGUCUAAGUAUAAUAUUUUCCAAGAAAAUGACCAUGCACCACCCCAGGUAAAUUGCUAAUGAUGCAUAAAAUAAAUAAAAUGCGUGGCAGAAAUUAAAUGUUCUUAUUUCCUAAACAAAAUUAUCAUGCGAUGAAAAACAAUGCUUAAUUUAAUAUAAUUAUUGUGGAUUUCAUAAGGAUUGUCAUUGUUUUCUUUAAAUAUAAUACAUUUUAUUUCACUCACCCCCCACGAAAACACGAUUUCAGCCAUAUGUUGCCGCCUUGUUUGCUUUUUAUCGCCGAGUCUCGCAAAUAUCAUCCAGUUGUUGUACUUUUGCAUAGUGAUAAAUGGCUAAAGAAGAUUUCAGCCAAGUUUUAUGAAGUUUUGAAACAGUGCAGUGUAUUUAUCUUCGAUAUUGUGUCCCUCGAUAUUUCGUGAAAUUGCCGCCAUUUUAAUGGCUCGCUGCUUCUGUGCCCGAUUAAUGCCAUUUCUUCGUUUUCAUAUGUACUCAGAUUACAUUAUCCAAGAGUACUUUCGUGUACAAUAGUCCCAAUCGAAAAAUUGACAACAUUAUAGUUGCACUAGGAAGGAAAAAACAUCCCGUAUACCAUUUAUGUUCAAAAUAAAAACAAAUCAUUUGAAAAUCAUGCGCAAUCUUCGCGAAAACUUUUCGUGGUAACGUGACAGGGGGGGGGGGAUAUUUUCACGAAACGUUUGUUUGCCUCCACAGCAACCUAACUAAAUAUCUGGUAUUUAUUGUAUUUUUAUGGUUUAUGAUAAAAACAAUAAAUAUUUGCGUAGUUUUAUCAUAAAUCAUAACAAUACAAUAAAUACAAUACGUUUAGUUAGGUUGCGCGGUGGUAGCGAACAAGCGUUUCGCGAAAAUAUCCCCCCCCCCGUAUCAUGUGUCCACGAGAAGUUUUCGCGAAGAUUGAACGUGACUUUCAAAUGAUUUUUUUUUAUUUAGAACCUAAAUGGUAUACGGGCUGUUUUUCCCUUCCAAGUGCAACUAAUGUUGUCAAGUUUUCGAUUGAGACUAUUCUACAAUCAAGUACUCUUGGAUACUGUAAUCUAAAUUCAUGUGAAAACGAAGAAGUGGCAUUUAUCGGGCAGAGAAGCGGCGAGCUAUUAAAAUGGCGGCAAUUUGAAGAAAUAUCGAAGGACACAAUAUCGAAGAUAAAUUACACUGCCCUGUUUCAAAACUUCAUGAAACUUGGCUGAAGUCUUUUUUAGCCAUUUAUCAAUAUGUAAAAGUACAACAACUGGAUGAUAUUUGCGAGACUCGGCGAUAAAAAGCAAACAAGGCGGCAAAAUAUAGCCGAAAUCGUGUUUUCGUGGGAGUGAAAUAAAAUGUGUUAUAUUUAAAGAAAGCAAUGACAAUUCUUAUGAAAUUCACAAUAAUUAUAUUAAAUUAAGCAUACUUUUUCAUCCCAAGAUAUUUUUUUAGGAAAUAAGAACAUUUAAUUUCUGCAGGCAUAUUAGUUAUUUUAAGAAUAAUUAGCAAAUUACCUGGGGUGGUGCAUGGUCAUUUUCUUUUAAAAUAUUAUACUAAGACAAAUUUUUCCUUCCAUUAACCACCUCUAAAAGCAACCCUUGUAAACACUAUAAACACCUCAGAAAGGCUGUUUUUGGAAGUUAUAGCUAUGUCGACACUGCCGUUUCAGAGCGGGGUCAUUUUCUGGACUUAAUUUCUUCCCGGAUUCAGGUUUUGGCACACUUGCCAUGUUGACCACCAUGGUCAUUUUACCAUAAAACAGUUGAGAUUACCUGUGCUAAACGAAACGCAUACAAACAUCUAUACAGGUCCUAGACUGGGAGGAAAAACGAAAAAAGGCACAGUAUUGAUUAGAUUCAUCAAAAUGUAUUUUUACGCUAAACAAUCUGUUUUAUCAGACCCAACAAACGGAGUGUGCCAAGUAAGAAGUGCUUCUUAGAGCCAUAUAUCCAUUUCCUUUGUUAUGCUCUAGCUAGUCAAGUCCUAUAGGUAGUCAUAACUCGCGAGUUAUCAGGCAGAUGCGUUCGCCACUACGAUUGGCCAUUCUCUGUGUUAGUAUGCAUGCGCAAUGAUAAAAAUGCUAUCAAGUUACGAAUUAUAGUUGUUAGAAUUAAAUUUUAGAGACGUGCAAAAAACUUCCGUGUGGCGUAACAAAUAUUCGCUUGGAAUUGAAAACGCAGAAACCUUAUCAAAAGGACGAGGAAUUGAAAUCCAAAUUUCACUGGAAGCCUGCACUACGUACGUAUCAUAAAUGUGCUUGUUACAUAGAGUUGUGUUUCGCACAAUGGACUAUGGGGUCAUCUUUUGGAUUUUUAUAACGAUCAAAUACAAAGAAUGACGGCAUAUUUCACCGGCACUCUCCUAGUUUUCAAAACGUUGAUUAAAAACGAAUAAUAGAAAUUAGCUUAAACUGGACGCAGGUUGCCGUUGUGUUUUGCCAUAGAAAACGAUUAUUUUAAAAUGUUUAAACUUUUUGAAUAUAUUUGUACAAAAUGGCAAUGCACAGAUACAAGAGUAGUACUGUACUUUUAACUAUACAAAAAUCAAUUUACUAAAUAUACACUGUAGGAAUGUUAUUUUUCAUUUUGUGGGCUUUGAUUUUGUUUAAAAUGUAACCAGGAAGACUGCGCAAAAUGUUUUGAACCACGUUCAUGGGAAACUGAAUUUAAUUUUUUUUCACAAACUGUGUUAAUUAAGAUAAUCUCAAACGGACUUGGGCAGUUUAGUUAUAAUGACGAUAACAAGAAAUCUAAGGUUGAGAGAGAUACAACUGCCUGACAAAUACAAGUUGAACUUUAAAGUUUGGAGCGAAUUGAAGGCUCUUUGGUGAUUUUUCACCUAACCGGCGUCAAAUAAAGAUUAGAUUUAGGGGUUAGAUUAACGGUUAGGGUUAGGGCUAGGGUUAGGGCGUGCGGUUCAACAUUUGUCGGGAAAUUACUGUAUUGAUAAGUUAGGACGUGUUUAACAAUUUACUCAUAUAGUAAAUUCAAAGGUGCAUGAUGGAAAUUUUGGACAGCAAUUACAAACUCAAGGAAUCAAUAUAUAACAAAAACUUGAUACCACGAGCUGUUUUGCGAAAUUGACAGCAGUUUCAAUUCUGUUCAUUUUUUUAUACAUCCUGCAUGUACUUCAAAUUUUUCAUGUAGUUGUAUAUCUCUCAUUCCGCAGCUUUUUUGUGUGAAGAUGAAAUUGACUCAUUCUUAACCAAUCAGAAUUGAGUGCUUUUUAUAUGUAUAUAUAUUAAAAAUGGUAAGUUGACAUUUUACCCUGGAGCUGCUUUACAUUUUCAAGAUGUGCGAAAAUUUGCAGGCUGUGCAAAGGCUAGGACAGUUGCCAAUAUCAAUUAAAUUUACUCCCUUCCCUCAAACUGAAAUCGUAUCGUUUCCUAAUUUUGUUGUCUUGCACCAUAAACCUGCCAAAACUUUACUGGAAUAUUCGGUAUAUAUUACUCCAACGAUGACUUUAUAUUCUGCCAGUAAUAGCGAAAUUAUUUCAUUAAUAUCAAUUCUGUUUCGCAGUCUCCGAAACAAACAAGACGCAGCUGAAAUAUAUUACUCAAGAACUUUCUAGUCUGAACAGGAAUGGUAAUUGCUAUCCGGGAAAACACCCGACGGCAAAAAGUCAUACGGUAAGUGCGUGCUGUUUACUUCCUUCUUGAAUAAAAUCACUCUGAGGUUGUUAGGGCAGUUAUUUCACAGAGAGUUAUUUAGCACACUAAUUUAACUGCAGUGAUCCAGAAAACCGGAGUCGAUAUAGCACUUUUGAAUUGAGUGAGCCAUUUCUCAAACCAGAAUGUAGAUAAUAGACCCAUUUCAGUUAAAUUAACGUAAAAAUGUCCUCGAACGUCACACAAAGUGCACGCAAGGAAUAAUGUCACCAUUUAUUACAUGUAAAUUUUGCCACGGUUCAGCAGGUGCAAUCGGUCCAAACAAAAAUAUUUCGAAAUGUGACAUAUGUUCAAACUAUUUGACAGCUGUAUGAUUCCUGUCCCAGCGAUAACCAGAAUCUGGGAACACAUUAUUUUACCCGAGCCAACGGGGCAAAGCGCUGUUCUGCGCGCACUCCCGGACCGUUUGAGGGUACUAAUUGCGCUCGAACAUAGCCAUGCAAGUGCAAAGUCAUCCUCUUUUAUGACAUUGACGAUUUUCGAUGUAUCUUGCUGUAAACAGUUUAUUUUUUGCUAAUUUGAAUUUCGCGGAAAUUAGAUUUAUAAAGUAGAAAACUUUUUUUCGAUUUGAACUCAAAAAUGCUUUGAAGUCGUUCUUAAUUCAACAAGAUGUUUAUGUUCAAGCUGGUAUUUACAUGUAUAAUUGCAUUAUCACUAUUCAUUUGAUGCAAUAAAUCCAGCGCUUUAUGUUCAAUGUAAAGUAUGGCUAUAAUUAUCUUAUACCGAUGACACAUGUAGCUUAACGAAAAUCUUGUAACAAUUUGUGCCUGAAAAGCAAAUAUAUUUUGCUGUAUUUUGAAGCAAACUAUUUGUCGACAAAACAAAUGUAUGCUUUCUCCAAUAUCACUGUAAAGCCUCCAAACGUUAUACCUUAUUAGUUUGCAUUAAAUCGAAGUCUAUUAAUUUGAAAUAUCAAAUAACAUGAAACUAUAUUCUAGGUUUUGAAAAUUAAUUAUUUCAAUAUUUUCCUAUAACGUUCUUUGCAUGUUACCAUGGCAACAACUAUUGUUUUAUUCAUGAGAUGCUUCACGUGAAAGUCAUCAUAUUUCAUCAGCUUUGUUGGGAAAUGUGAGGGAGUUUCUGCAUGCAAGUAGUUCUAGUAUACAACAGAGAAGUUCAGAUUUUAUUCCACUAUCGCGCGCCACCGCUACCAUUAUACAGGUCGUUUACCGAUUAGAUGCGUUUGAUAUAUUCGAUUAUAUAACCAAUCAGAUGCGUAGGAAGGCAGUGAUAGGUAACGGUAGCGAAAGUGGAAGUCAAAUCUGAGCCUCUAUAUUAUGUCAGAAUCACCAUAGUAGAUUUUUAAUAGUCACACUAAUAAGCCAUUCAUUUGCUUUAUUUAUCAAUUAAAAACUAUAAAAAAUCAGUGGGUAGUGCAUCCUCUAAUCGUUCGCCGUCAUGAUAUUGCAUCACAGAUAAUUAUUAGAAAUACAUGCUCAUUCAGCAAUCCCUCGCCCUAUUUUUGGCAUAUCAGAAAAUCUAAAAUUUCAUUAUUGAAAACAUUGUGCCUCGGAAGCAUGUUUCUUUAGUAAUACGAAAAGAAAUGCUAAUAAAUUUUAUUAUUUCCAUGAUAUAAAUAUCAAAUAUAGCGCAAAAUAAAAAUGACUGCAAGUGCUUUAUAUAGUGCAGAAUCACCCAUUUUCAGAAUCCAUGCAUAAUAUGACAAGUAUUUUUAUCAUGUUUCGCUCGCUACUCUGGUUUAAAUAAAUGAUUACAAAGCCCAGAUUACAAAUAAAUGAUUACAAAGCCAAUGAUUACAAAUUACAAUUCGACUGGGCUUUGUAAUAAUUUAUUUAAACCAGAGUAGCGAGCGAAACAUGAUUGAUAUACCUGGUUGCAGUGAACGAACAAACUUUAUAAGUAUUUUUAUGUUAGUUGUGUCCAACAUCCAUGAUCCAUGUUCAAUAAUGAUUGAAGAAGUCUGGAUCCGCUGAGGUUUAAACAAUUCUCAAAUAAAGCUGCUGUCUAACGUCCAAAGUUAGUCCAUGACUUAAUGGAGGAUGGCUUUGCGAUGUUCUCAUAUAUACCAUGGUAAAACUGUGCAUGACAAAUUAAAUACCUCGUGUUGAGUCUCCGUAUUAACGAGCUCCCAGCAAGUUCGAAUUUGGUACAUAUUCCAAUUAGUUAUCCGUUUCGUAUUAGUAAAUACAGUAGUAUUCCUGCAGGUUGUAUAUAAAAAUCAUCACACUUUUGAAUGCGCAUAAUUGUGAUUGGGUUUAGAAUGUAUUCGCUAAAUUGGUUUUCAAGGAAAACUAAGGCUUUCUGUAUUAAAAAGAAAUUAAAGCGUUUUUCUCUUAGGCUAUAGCAUCUAACAGCUCUGAUGAAAAUCAAAAGUUAAACGUUUAUUACGAUUGUUGGUACGAAUUAAAGGUAUGUUCAUUUACCAUAAGCUGGGCUUAAUUUUCCGUCUUUCUCCACACGUUUGUACAUCAGAAUGUAUUUUACGUCAUCAUUGAAUAUUGGCAACGCGUAAAAGAAGCACGAUCACGUAUACUUUGAAAUACUCGGUCACGUACUCUUUGAAAAUAAGAAAAUAAACAUAUAGCCCACCUACGAAUCAUGGUUUUACAAUGAAAGGCGUUCUUUUAUCCGUAUUCUAGAAUGAUAAUUUGAAUUUUAUAGGUGGCAGCAGAGGAUGAUUACAUUUCGGCAACAAACGUUGCAGGAAAAAGAACCAGGAUAUUCUACGUACCAAGUAAGUUUAAACCUGACUUUCACUUGGCGUUAAUACUGUAUGUCGCCCACACCUGAUCAAAACAAUCGAAUUUCUCCCAAGGAAUGUAUCAUUUAAAGGUACGUAUUUUGGGGAUUUCGAAGAAUAGGUUAAAUUCUAUUUUUUUGCGAUUUGUUUUGGACAGAUUUUUAGGGAUUGCUAGGAAUUAUCGAUGGAUUUCAUGGGGAUUUUUGGAGAUUUUUAUUGCCAGGAAUUUAAGGAUUAUUUUUUUAUAAUAUUUUGCAGUGAUCAGCAUCGAUCAACAGUAUUUCGCUCACGAGUGAGCACAGCACACAAACUAAAUAGAAAUCGUAUUCAAACAAAUUAACCCGAAUGCAGUAAUUUGUUGACGAAAAUGAGUAUAGGCCGAAAUAACUUUCACUAAAGGCAAAUAAUUCAGAACAGAUUUCUUAUCACUCUUUCAGUUUUCAUCUUCUUGCUGGAAUUCCAGUCAAAUGGUUAUCUUUCGUACCAAAUUUUUGGUGUUUCUUGACAAUAAUACAUUUGCUUUCUCGACGGCAAGAGGCGAUAAAAUCUCCCUUUUCAAGCCGAGCGCCAUGUUAAUAACUGUACUUAUAAUGAUGUGGGAAAACCCGUACGGCGUGACGAAUACGACUUUUGUGUCAAUUCAAAUUUCAUUCAUGAUAUCAUCUUGAUAAAGAGUUUGAACUUUUGUAAACGUCGAAACAAUCAUAAGCAUACGCGUUAUGUGAAAGUUCUCUCUUUUGACACCAUAAUUUUCGCUAAAUUCAAUUUUUGUUCCGUGCUCAGAGUGAUAUUUUUACAUUGAACUAAAAAUAACUGGAACGAUACCUCCAAUAGGAUUGGCUUAUGAUUGGAUGAAGCCAAAUUUUGCAUCCAGCCGCGUGUGUUCUACCUCCAGAACGCGCGUUUGUGUUGCGAGACAUUCUCGCGAGAUCAUUUCGGCGAAGUUCAAAUUUUUUCGGGCGAAUGGAUCGAAUAUUGUCGUUUAUUUAGGGUUUUAAGAGCGGUUGUCUGUAAUAUUCAGGUAAACCGUGUAAAAUGAGGAAAUUCAAAAUCCUUCAAACUUUGUCAGAAUAUAGGCCUAUAUGAAGUAUUAAUGUUGUGAAAGUUUUAUUUCGAUCGGAUAAAUAUUGAAGGAGAGAGACGUCGAAAUUGGUUUUCCCAGGCCACUUUCGAUUUUUAGAGCUCAUUUUACGGCACUAUCAAAAUCGCUCUAUUUUUCACGUUAAUGGAAAUAUUUCACAAAACAUGAUUUCGUUUUAUAAAUUAGAGAUAUUUAUUGAUUAGCAGACAAAAUUUAGAGACGACAUUUCUGUAAAAAGUGAAUAUUGUACGGAUUUUCUUAAUGUUUUUUUAUUUUAGAGCCUCUUUAUUAUAUGCAGCGAAUAUCUCCAUUGUUACAUCGAUUCAGACAAAAAAUUCAUAACCAGAUCAAAGAAAUAUGUUUUCGCUUGCUAUUGAUCAAAUAAAAUUUUGGGGCAACUUAGAAUUCAAUUUUUUUCGUAACCCCCAUUUGACCGGAAUAACCGUAUGUUAAUAUAUAAACAGCGUCGAGUCAUGUAGUUCAAUAAAUAACCAAAGAGCUCGUCAAGAGCGUUUAUUUCUUCGAGUAAACAAGCCUAGGCCUAUAAAACUACCUUAACUAAAGCUUUACGAUUGGUUAGAACUUAGAAGCAUUAUGGUCUAAAUCACACUGUUUACAGUCGCUUAUUGUUCAGGUAAUGCCGAUAGGCCGGUGCCGCUGAUUUGGAAGAUUUGGUUUCAAUUAUAUUUUAUCAGGAAUAUGUCGCGAUAAGUAUAGCGAGUAUAUUUUCUCUCCACCUCGCAUAAACUCGUGUUCUCGUGUAAAUAGUGCACACGCUUUUUAUAAAAAAAACAUAGGCCAUUUGCAAGGUCAUACGAUGCAAACGUCGCAUAGUUUUGACGUUUUUUAGUCGUAUUUCCGGUUGGGUUAGCUCACGCGAUUGUUUGAACAAAAAUAUAGACUAGCCAUACCUUUCGCCAAAAAUAACUUCAGCCCCUUCAAACAUAUCGUCUUUGUAACAGUCUUGUUCGAAUCCCCAUCAAAAACGCUAUUUAGAGUGUUAUUUGCAAGCCUGUAUAUUCAAAUUUACAUCUUUUAUCACGGUAUUUCCAUUUCUUGUCAGGCUGUGAGCUCGAGGCUCGAAGUAAUUUGAUAGUAUACGAUCGCAUUUCACUUUUAAACUCCCAUAAAUCGCUACAAUAUUAAUAGUGACUAUAACUACCGUUCGGAAUUAGUUGAACUUUUAUUUCUGAAUCGAAUGGUGGUAUUUCUGUCUUCAUAGCAUGUACUGAACCGAAGAUAUGAAAUUUCUAGCCGUCAACCUCUCGAGGACGACCUCCCAAAGAGUUUUAAUUUAAUCAAUAUUAAAGCUGGAUUCUUUCACCGUGAUGUCAUGCCAAAAGGUGUCUUUUCUAUUUUUAGAAAAGAUCCCGGCUCUAUUGAUUUGUGAUUUGGUAAUAUUAAUUACAGUUGUAUAUUUGAUUAUUUUGUUAGUGCUCAAUAAGUUUGAAUUUGUUCUGAGAAAACAGUCAAACUUCAGACCAAACUUCUACGGCUUAUUUAGUAGUUUAAUUAACUGCCCAUCACUUUUAAAACAGCAAGAAGAUAAAGACAACGUGUACGGGUGAGUUAUCCAUGAAAUAAAUAGUUGGUUUACAAAAUGAAUUCCGUCUUUGUGGAUAAAAAUUAGUUAUAAAUAAUCUCUCCUGUAUGUGUUAAAUGUUACAUGCAUGUAUAGGGAUUUCCCCCAGUAUAUUCCUUCUCUUUUGUAUGGCUGUUUGUGAUUAUUCGUCUCUUGUCACUAAGUGGUCAUGUGGUGUCAGCAACUCUAAUCCAGCCGAUUCAGAAUGCGUUCUUCGAAUGAUUGUAAUAAAAGAAAUCAAGGCACACCUGAGGUCGCACGACGUUUGCUUGGAUUCCAGUUUGAGAACAGAGUCUUGUCUUCCACCUGCACGAGCCGAUUAGUUCAUUAUUUUCUAUCUGACAUAUACUUUUGUUCUGGAUGAUACAUUUACAACAGGCAGUACUCAGGCCAAAGAAAAGUCAAGAAAGGCAGGCCAACUUUCCCAGAGGGUGGCCCGGAAUGGUGGAAUUGUGCAACGUGUUAAAUAUUAAGGAAUAUUCUGAAAAUUGAGGUCGAAAAAAGUCUGAAAAGUAUUUUAGACCCCCCCCCACCCCCGUUAUCGCAAAAUUAAUUUAUAUAAUUAGACUAUUAUAUAACUAAAAAAUUCGGCCCCCUUCCUUUUACGGGCCCCCCUCAAAAUGUUUUCUGGUAAGCAAAAAUGUUACAGUAAAAUGUAAAGGGGGGGUGGGUGGGUGGGGCGACGUUUUUUUGAAAAAAAAGUUCCAAAAAUUAUUUUUGCGAUAAUGGGGGGUUCAAAAUACUUUUCACAUCUUUUUCUUCCUCAAUUUCAGAACACGUUGCGCAAUUCCAGCAUUCCGGGGCCCCCUCUGUGAAAGUUGGGCCCCCUUUCAAGUUGACUUUUUUGGCCUGAGAACUGCCUGAGUGUUCUAGAUGUAUCAUCCAGAAAUGGUUGGAUAAAUGUAAUUGAAAUUGGACCAAAAGUAUAUGUCAGAUAACGCGUAACCACAAACAGCCAUACAAAAGAGAAGAAAUAUACCGGGGGAAAUCCCUACAUGUAGCUUAACACAUGCAGGAGAGAUUAUUUAUAACUCAUUAAUUUUAUCCACCAAGACGGAAUUCAUUUUGUAAACCCACUAUUUAUUUCAUGGAUAACUCACACGUACACGUUGUCUUUAUCUUCUUGCUGUUUUAAAAGUGAUGGCCAGUUUUAAAACUACUAAAUAAGUAACAGUACGUAGAAGAUUGGUCCGAAGUUUGACCAAAGAUAUUGAGCAACAACAAAAUAAUCAAAUAUACAACUGUAAUAAGUAUUACCAAAUCAUAAAUCAACAGAGGGUCUUUUUUUUAAAUAGAAAAGACACCUUUUGGCAUGACAUCACGGUGAAAGAAUCCAACUUUAAUAUUAAUUAAAUUAAUUACUGUAAGUAAACGAAUUACAUGCAAUUUCGACGUAAACUGACCGAUGUUUUUGACAAAAAGCGCGUGCACUAUUUAUGUUCGAAAAGUUAUAAGCACGACGAGUCGUGAAAGAACACAUGUUUAUGGGAAGGGGAGAGAAAAUAUACUUGCUAUACUUAUCGCGGCAUAUCCCUGAUAAAAUAUAAUUAAAACCAAUUCCGCCAAAUCAGAGGCGCCGGCUAUGCAAUAUAUUAUUGGCAUUACCUGAACAAUAAGCGACUGUAAACAGUGUGAUUUAGACCUAAAUGCUUUCAUCCAAUCGUACUGCUUUAGCUAAGGUAGUUUUAUAGGCCUAGGCUUGUUUACUUGAAGAAAUAAACGCUUUUGACGAGCUCUUUUGGUUAUUUAUAGAACUACAUGACUCGACGUUGAUUACAUAACAUACGGUUAUUCCGAUCAAAUAAGGGUUACGAAAAAAAUCGUCAAAAAUUCAAUUCUAAGUUGCCCCAAAAUUUUAUUUGAUCAAUAGCAAGCAAAUACAUAUUUCUUUGACCUGUGUAUGAAUUUUUUGUCUGAAUCGAUGUAACAAGGGAGAUAUUCACUGCCUAAUAUGGCAUAUAAUAAAGAGGUUCAAAAAUUAAAAAAAAAACAUUAAGAAAAUCUGUAAAAUAUUCAGUUUUAACAGAAAUGUCUCUAAAUUUCGUCCGCUACUCAAUAAAUAACUCUAAUUUAUAAAACGAAAUCAUAUUUUGUGAAAUAUUCCCACUAUCGUGCAAAAUAGAGCGAUUUUGGUAGUGCCGUAAAAUGACCUCUAAAAACCUAAAGUGGCCUGGGAACACCGAUUUCGACAUCUCUCUCCUUCAAUAUUUAUCCGAUCGAAAUAAAACUUUCACAACAUUAAUACUUCAUAUAGGCCUACAUUCUGACAAAGUUUGAGAGAUUUUGAAUUUUUUCAUUCUACACGUCUUACCUGACUAUUACAGACAACCGCUCUUGAGCUAUAUUUUUGUAUUGAAAGUGUAUUUAAAACAUAUCUUGAACCCUACCGACUAAAAUUGCAAGGAAGAAAGUAACCGAUUGGAGACAACAAGUGCAUAUUUGAAUGACUGAAACGUUUAUAGAUGAAACUUGAGAGAGAUAAGUAUUUCCUUAUUUUAACGUAUUAAACAUAUAUAUAACAACUUCAUUGAUUGUUAAACAAGAUAAGUUUAUUUAGUCUGUAUCUAUCACUUUGUUUGCCUUCGCUGACCACUUUUUCUGUGUAUUUCUUGCCGAAUGUGAAUAAUCGCAACAUGAAAUUCUUUUCCGCGAAAAAAACCUUUAAUGUUUAUGUUUGUCAUUUUGUACAUUUAAAACUUAAUAAAUUAAUACCGUAAAAACAUAAUUAAACCGUGGAUGGUAGUUUGAUCUUGUUAGAAUACCUUUUUUCCUAACUUUCAGACGAAUAAAUUGGAAAACGAAUGAGCAAAAUAGGGAAUUUCACACAAAUACUUAUGAUUAGACCACGGCAAGCUCCACUCCUCGCUCAACAUUUUUUCUCAAAAAAGGAAAUUUAAUUACGAAUUCGAAUUCUACACAAAUAAAUUAAAAAUAUUUUACUCUAGAGUUCUGGAGGAUGUUUUUAUUGUAAAAAAAUGCUCUGGUGGGUGCAUUUUACGUCGUUUUAAGCGAUGAAUUAGUACAUUUUUUUACCCAGUUUAGAAAAUUUAAAAAUCGCGUUUUUCCGUUACGUGAAAAGACUGGGCAUGACAACAGUGGGCAUGCCUGGGCAUGGCUUCCCUUUUCCGGUUGGAGGUAUCGUUCCAGUUAUUUUUAGUUCAAUGUAUUUUUAUGACAUCCCUUAUUGUUUUUUUCUUUCAAACCAAUGUAGGCCUACACCAGUUUGUUCGGCCAAAACCAGCUCGCCCCAGGUUACCUUUGAAUCGAAAUAUAAUGAGUGCGCGCUCGUUCCACGGCCUAUAUAUAUAUAUAUAUAUAUAUAUAUAUAUAUAUAUAUAUAUAUAUAUAUAUAUAUAUAUAUAUAUAUAUAUAUAUAUAUAUAUAUAUAAGCUUCCUGGCUAAAAUGGAAAGAUUUUAGACGCCAAAGAGAAAAUGUCUUCCAAACUUCAGAAAUGUUUCUUGCUUCGCUGUAAAUAAUUAUGACUUUAUGUUUAUAAUGGUAAAUAAAUAACAUACGCCAAAACUAUUCAAGGUCUUGCAUGCUGUUCGUUGGACGUAAGCGUACGCGGGAAGGAAAAAUAAUAUGGAGUGGGUGCGGCGGAAAGAAAUUUGCCCGACUUUUUGCCAUUGUGCCAGCCCAAUUGUCCAAAUUCGUCUUCGUAUUUCAAUUAUUGCAUUUUAAUUAAUCAAUUCUCCGACACACAAUGUGUUAUAGUUUGAAAGUUCUAUCGCUGAAUCUGGUCUAGUCUCAUAUUUUAUAGUUUCAGUGCAUGAAGUCUAUUUAGAGCAGAUAACAACAACAAAUUAAAAUUUGAAAACUAAUUUACCUGCUACCGUAGUAGGAUCUGACAAGAAAGGAAUAUAGUUCCAGAAAAACUGUUAUUCAUUUUUCCAUUUGUUUUUUGGUUUCAUACUGCUGUAUUAACCUAUGGCUAAUCGUUUGCAUGGUCGUUUCAUUUCCUUAUCUAUAUAGAUGCUAUUGGACAAUCAAGAUCUUAGUAACUGGCAUAGUGCGUAAAAAAGUAAGAAUAGUAAUUAUAUGUCAUGUUUCCUAAUCUAAUUUCAGAAUGUAUACUCAUCAACGGUGGUGAAAUUUGUGGAUGCCCUUCAUGUAAGUAUAAAAUGUUUGAUAUAUUUUAUUGAAAUUAUAUAUUAUGUGUUCUUUGCUUAUAAUUAAUAUUUAGUAUAACACGGUGCCAUGCAGUACUAUUCAGUGAUUAUUUCAUGUAUUAUCUGCCCAUUUUUUGCAUGGUCGUAAAUAAUUGUUUUUCUUCAUGUAACAGUCAGUGCCG